AUGACCACAGCAACACCAGCACAGCCAACUCCACAAGCUCUAGACGACUUCGUCAGGGCAGCCGACCUCUUCCAUGAUCAAUAUGUCCGCACUCUCCGCGGCCUCCAAGAUAGCCUCGCCCCUCGACGGCGUGAGACUGUCGAGGGUGCCUUCACGCCACCCCUGAGAGCGGACAGCGGUCCCAUCUUUGCAACUGACUCUGCCCGUCUAUCUCCCCUGCAUCGUCGCCCUCGAGCCUCUACUUUUGAGAGCACGAGAGAGCGGCCGUCCUUCACUGCUGAGUCUCGCCCCUUCACGAGCUCUCCAAGUGGCAGCCAUCGCGCCGUCUACACGCAGGAUGACGAUGUCAACUUCAUCCCGCUGCUGGACUCGACUGGCACCGCAACCACACGUGAGGUCGAGGACUAUGCGCUCAAUGUAGUCCGGAGUCCCCUCAAACAGAUGCACUUGCCUGACGACGUGCUCCUGCGCUAUCUCCGUGACACAGACUUCACGCCAGAAAUGGCCUCUCUCCUCGACGAGGCCAUCAAGCGCCGAGCCGACAUCAACCUGUCUGCGCCCUUUCGUGACUUUGCCGCUUAUGAGCGCGAGUGUUACAAUCAGUGUACCUUUGAAGUCUACGAGGUCUGUAGGAACCUCGAGAUGAAGAAGCUAAGCGCAGACAGCGAUUCCGAGGACCCGUCCGACGUCAAGGACAAUUGUACUGAGCAGGAUGAGAGUCCGACUGAUGGUGUCGAUGCACCAACUGUGUGGGAUACUAUUCGAGACAUCAACAUGAAUAGUGAGUCUGUUGGCCGUAUCACUAUCGUCCAGGAGCCAACGCCUCUCGCUCUGGCCGCUCUUCACGUUGCCAUGUCCUCUCACUUUGACAUGUCUGAGCUGUUGAAAUAUCUCCUUACUGAUCAGCCAAACCCUGGCCGCACUCAUGCAUUCAUGAAUCGCGCUUAUGAACGGCCCCCUUCCCCAGCUGCAUCCAGCUCACCUUUUAUCUCUCCCUCUUCACCAAUGUCUUUACCUAUGGAAUUACCGCCACCCCCUCGAACUACAGCCAAUCUCCGCCAACGCUCUUUCUUCUUUGCCUUCAAGUACUACACCGUCGUCAGCCCAAAGCUAGAGCCUGCUCCCUGGCAGCGCUUUGACAAGCGUCCUUUCGACAAGCGUAGCGGCGACCACAUCGACAUUGCCGAGUGUGGUGCCGUUCUAGCUCUCUCUCUCGGGGGUGAGUCCACCAGGGCGCCCCCUUGGCGAUCACGCCGGGAGCGCACGAGAGAGGGUGUCUUGUUUGAGACCUUUGGGCCUUGGCAUCUUCUCGCUAUCCAGAGCUUCCCAGACAACUCCCACACAGUUCGGGGCGAGGAUUACCAGCGCAAGAAGUAUAUCAACGGCCCGUCCGCGUUUCUGGAUCUCCUCAUUUCAGAAUAUCGAGACGCCAGAACGCGCAACCAGUUUCUUCACGAGAGAGUUACCAAGCUCAUCACUCCUCCUACCGAGUUCAUGUUUGACCCCAAGCUGCGCGACAAGCUUCUCUUUGAGGACAAGCACUUCACUUAUAUCCGACGCUACUUUUGGGCGUACAACACCCUUGCCGUGGUUAAUAACAGCAUCAGAGCCAUGAUGGACGCCUACUACGAGACCUUUACUGACAGCUUCUGGGCUGGCACCCACGCGACUCUGUGGCCGCAUCCGUCGCCAGAGACUGCUGAUGCCGCCGCCUAUCGCGAACACAUGGCCAACUUGCGCCGUGAGCUCGACAAGGUCGUCCAAGAACUUGGUGAGGUGCUCAAGCAAAACGCUCGCACCCGCAAGGAGAUCGAAAACCUGAGGGAUCAACUCUUCAGCGGAAGCUCCAUCAAGGAGAGUCGGAGGGCCAUCGAGCAGGGAGACAAUAUCCGCAUCCUGACCAUGAUUAGCAUGAUCUUUCUGCCCCUGACAUUUGUCACGUCCGUGUUUGGCAUGACAGUCUUCACCAUCCCCGCAACAGACUGGCGCUUCGCCCUCACCAUGAUCUUAGUCUGCGUCCCAUUCAUGUUACUCAUAACCCUCCUCCAAACCCGCUCAUUCGGCCUCCUCCUUCGCAAGCUCGCCGUCGUCGGUGCUGUACCCGCCCGUCUCCUGCGCCGCAAGACCCGUGACACGGACAUCCCGGACAGCCGCUCCGUUGCCCGGUUGAGACGAAGCAGCGGCACGUGGCCGUGGCUGCGGACCGGCGGUGGGAGGUUGACGUGGCCUUGGGGCGGGGAACCCCCUAGGGAUGAGGUGAACGACAUGGAGAGGGGAGAGCGUGUUUGA